ACUCUAGUCUUUUCCCGCCAUUUUUUGGUAUCCAAGAUGGCGGCCGAAGAAAGUGAAAACAUGGCGACACAAGAUAACAACGACGAGGAACUACAUCCCGCCACGCAGGAAGAAGAAAAACCAUCUAGAAUGACACAGUUUCCACAAACUAGAGUGCGCAAUAUGAUGAAACUAGACCCAGAUUUACAACUCGCAAAUAAAGAGGCUGUAUUUCUUGUUACUCGAGCAGCGGAGUUGUUUGUUGAAUAUUUUGCCAAAGCUUCUUACAAGAAAACAAUACAAGGAAAAAGAAAGACCAUUCAAAAGAAAGACUUAGAUGCUACUGUCGAUGACAAUGAUGAGGUUGCAUUUCUUGAAGGGGUGUUGGACUAGUAUAUCAUUGACAGAUGGCAUCAAAAGUGGAGGUUGAUAGUCCCUUACUGUAAAUUGCUCAACUCUGUAAUGGGUAUUGAAUAAAGUUGUAAAUACGAAUAUUAUGUUCCAAAUAAACAGAUUUUGUUUCCAA